CCCACGAUUCAAAGCCAAGGCAGGCAUCAAGGCGACAAAAACAUUUCAUCUUUUUGUGUUGGAACUCUCACACGGCGCAACAAUUGUUGAGGUCGAUAAGUUAAUCAUAGCUCCAGGCUUGGUACUUAUUACGCGCCUUUCUGACCAAGACCUAUACUCUGUCGUCUGACAUAUCCCGAGCCUCGUCAAUUGAGGGUUGUGGGUGGACGUAAAGGGGUGCGCCUAGGCUACGCGCGUCACUAUUAAGUAUAUAUUAGAAGUGAUAGAUCGACCGUGCUCUCAAGCUUCACUCCACCAUGUCACGAUCAAACCCUCCGAAUCCUCAGGGAUCUCGCAAGAUCUCUUUCAACGUCAGUGAGCAGUACGAUAUUCAGGAUGUGGUCGGCGAAGGUGCCUACGGUGUUGUCUGUUCGGCGAUACACAAACCAUCGGGCCAAAAGGUUGCCAUCAAGAAGAUAACGCCUUUCGAUCACUCCAUGUUUUGUCUUAGAACCCUACGUGAGAUGAAGCUCCUGCGAUACUUCAACCAUGAGAACAUCAUCUCCAUCCUAGAUAUUCAAAAACCUCGGAACUACGAGUCCUUCAAUGAGGUUUACCUUAUCCAGGAGCUUAUGGAAACUGAUAUGCAUCGUGUUAUCCGCACCCAAGAUCUGUCUGAUGACCACUGUCAAUAUUUCAUCUAUCAGACGCUGAGAGCCCUCAAGGCGAUGCAUUCUGCCAAUGUUCUGCACCGAGAUCUCAAGCCAAGCAACCUUCUGCUAAACGCCAAUUGCGAUCUCAAAGUAUGCGACUUUGGACUUGCGCGAUCCGCCGCCUCGCAAGAGGAUAACUCGGGUUUCAUGACAGAAUAUGUUGCCACGCGAUGGUAUCGUGCACCAGAGAUCAUGUUGACAUUUAAGGAAUACACCAAGGCGAUUGAUGUGUGGUCUGUCGGCUGUAUUUUGGCCGAAAUGCUAAGCGGAAAACCACUAUUCCCUGGCAAAGACUAUCACCAUCAAUUGACGUUGAUUCUGGAUGUGCUGGGAACACCAACGAUGGAAGACUAUUACGGAAUCAAGUCACGCCGUGCGCGGGAAUAUAUUCGAUCUCUACCUUUUAAGAAGAAGGUUCCAUUCAGAACUCUAUUCCCAAAGACCUCAGACCUUGCGCUUGAUCUUCUGGAAAAGCUUCUCGCAUUUAAUCCUGUCAAACGCAUCACGGUGGAAGAGGCUCUGAAGCACCCUUAUCUGGAGCCGUAUCAUGACCCAGAGGACGAGCCCACGGCACCCCCGAUUCCCGAGGAGUUCUUUGACUUUGACAAGCACAAGGACAACCUCAGCAAAGAACAAUUGAAGCAGCUCAUCUACCAAGAAAUCAUGCGGUAGAACCCGACUCCUUUUCAAUGUUGUGGCCGGAUUGAUUAAGGAUCCACAGAAGCUGGAAUGGCGAGCAUGUGGUUCUGAUGGUACAGCAGAGAGGUUGUCAAUGGCUCCGUGGAUGGAUGCACGAGUAUGAAGUGGAUAUUGGAGGUGCUGGCUCAGAUUAGGUUUGUUUAGAGA